GUUGGCGGUGGUAACCGCAAUGCUGAGGGGCGAUGGCUGGGGCUGCUAGCCCGUUCCGAGGUCGCGCCGUAGGGCGCUUUCCGCUCGCCCUGCCUGUGGGCGACCGCCUGAGCGAAAGAAUUCCCCCCUCUUUGGGGCGGGAGUCUAUCCAGAUCGCGGAUCGCGCCGCGCCAGCCGGCUAGUUUGCCGGCACCUGCGUCCCAGCCGUGCCUGCGACCAUGGCCACCGACUCGUGGGCCCUGGCGGUGGACGAGCAGGAAGCGGCAGCCGAGUCGUUCAGCAACUUGCAUCUUAAGGAAGAGAAAAUCAAACCAGAUGCCAAUGGUGCUGUGGUCAAGACCAAUGCUAAUGCAGAGAAGUCAGAUGAAGAAGAGAAAGAGGACAGAGCCGCCCAGUCCUUACUCAACAAGCUGAUCAGAAGCAACCUUGUUGAUAACACCAACCAAGUGGAAGUCCUGCAGCGGGAUCCAAACUCCCCGCUCUACUCAGUGAAGUCCUUCGAGGAGCUUCGGCUGAAACCACAGCUUCUCCAGGGAGUCUACGCCAUGGGCUUCAACCGUCCAUCGAAGAUACAGGAGAAUGCAUUGCCUUUAAUGCUUGCUGAGCCCCCACAGAACUUAAUAGCCCAGUCUCAGUCUGGUACUGGUAAAACAGCUGCCUUUGUGUUGGCCAUGCUCAGCCAAGUAGAACCUGCAAACAGAUACCCCCAGUGUCUGUGCCUCUCCCCAACUUACGAGCUCGCUCUUCAAACGGGAAAAGUGAUUGAGCAGAUGGGCAAAUUUUACCCUGAACUGAAGCUAGCUUAUGCUGUUCGUGGCAAUAAAUUGGAAAGAGGUCAGAAGAUCAGUGAGCACAUUGUCAUUGGCACCCCUGGGACCGUUCUGGACUGGUGCUCCAAGCUCAAGUUCAUUGACCCCAAGAAGAUCAAGGUGUUUGUUCUGGAUGAGGCUGACGUGAUGAUAGCUACUCAGGGCCACCAAGAUCAGAGCAUCCGCAUCCAGAGGAUGCUUCCCAGGAACUGCCAGAUGCUGCUUUUCUCUGCCACCUUCGAAGACUCUGUCUGGAAAUUUGCCCAGAAAGUGGUCCCAGACCCAAACAUCAUCAAAUUGAAGCGCGAGGAGGAGACACUGGACACCAUCAAGCAGUAUUACGUCCUGUGCAAUAGCAGAGAUGAGAAGUUCCAGGCCUUGUGUAAUAUCUACGGGGCCAUCACCAUUGCUCAAGCCAUGAUCUUCUGUCAUACCCGCAAAACAGCUAGUUGGCUGGCAGCAGAGCUCUCAAAAGAAGGCCACCAGGUGGCUCUGCUGAGUGGUGAAAUGGUGGUGGAGCAGAGGGCUGCAGUGAUUGAGCGCUUCCGAGAGGGCAAAGAGAAGGUUCUGGUCACCACCAACGUGUGUGCCCGCGGUAUCGAUGUGGAACAGGUGUCUGUCGUCAUCAACUUUGACCUUCCCGUGGACAAGGAUGGGAACCCGGACAACGAGACCUACCUGCACCGGAUCGGGCGCACCGGCCGCUUUGGCAAGAGGGGCCUGGCCGUGAACAUGGUGGACAGCAAGCACAGCAUGAACAUCCUGAACAGAAUCCAGGAGCAUUUCAAUAAGAAAAUAGAAAGACUGGACACAGAUGACUUGGACGAGAUUGAGAAAAUAGCCAACUGAGAAGCUCCUGCAGUCACUGGUGCCACCCUUGGUGCUCCCCCUGCACGGGACACUAGUGCUUUCAUGGCACAGGCCUCAACAGUCAACACAAAGAUGAAGGCACGAGUAGAGAGAAACUACCUACCUCAUUUUAAAUUACGUUUGGACUUGACAAAAAUUGUACAAGUGAUGGGGGAAGGUAGAAAAAAAUUGUUUACACAACUUUUGAAGAUUACGCAUGAAUACAUAGAAAUUUACCUUUUGGAAA